AUGGCUCGCAAAGGUAGUCAACAGAAGAAUGGAUUACCCAACCACAAGAAAAAAGUCUCAGACUCAGAGUUGAAAGGACAAGGAAAAGGCAGUCAGGCGAAGGUUUUCCCAGGAGAUGGUCUGAUAAAUGAUGAUCCGCCUACUAUUCCUAGUACUGAUGCUAGUAGGAAAACCGUGCAUGUUGGAGACGAGAACAAAGUCAAGCACCAAAAGUCUGGGAAGUCUCAGUGCAAAGAGAAGCAAGGAGCAGAUAGGGUUCAUAAUGUAGAGGAAUCAAUGUCAUGUGGUAGUAAUUUGAACGAUCCUAUUCAUCCUUCUGUGGAAAGUACUGGGUUGAGAGAAGAACAUGGGCAAGGAACUAGUAGUGCAAGUGGUCCUACCAACUGGAUGAGCAACUCAGGCUACCUGAUGGAUCGGUUUCACCUUAGAAAUUUAAUUGAAAAUGUGAAUGUUUCUGGUGAUUUAGCUUAUAGAAACUUGAGAGCAACAUCUUUGUCCAUGUUGAAUGCAGCAGGUGAAUGGAUUGAGAAGAAGAGGCCAUUGUUUGUUAUCCUCACUUCCAACCUACGGAAUGCUAGUGAUUAUGCUCGACAGAAGUUUGAGCUAGCUUAUCCCUUCGUUUUUAAAUGGCUCGUGCAUCUUGGGAAUAUAGUCCUCUUUCUAUCAAUGGUUUGGUUGGAUUGCACUCUAAGAGGAGUCGAUUCCUUUCUGCGCAUGGGGACAACAUCAUUUUUCUCAGUUAUAUGGUGCAGCAUUCUAUCUAUUGUUGCCAUGGUUGGGAUAUCCAAGUUUAUUAUUAUCCUGGCAAUAGCUGCUGCGGUGGGAGUUUUCAUAGGUUUUACCCUUGGGAUUUUGGUAGUUGCCAUUUCUGCUACUAUUUUCCUAUGGUGUUAUGGAAGCUUUUGGACAACAGCAUGCAUUGCAGUAAUAUCUGGUUUGGCAUUCAUAUCAAGCCAUGAAAGUCUUGCUUUACUAAUCACCACUGUUUACUCGGUGUACAGUGCAUGGGGAUAUGUGGGAUGGCUUGGUUCACUUUUGGCGUUGAAUUUGGCUUUUAUCUCAAGCGACAUUUUGGUUUACUUCCUAAAGAAUAAUGUGAACCAGCAUAGAAGGUCUGAUGGGUCAUCUGAGAAUUCAGCAGGACCAGAAGGUCGACCUAACUUCUCAACUGGUGAAUCAUUCCCAAAUGGAUUCCCUGAAUCUAUGCCCGGGGUGCCUUUAGACCGUAGCCCUGGUGUGGCAUCAACCAGUGGGGCUGAUUCAGAGUUGAGUUCGGAAGAUGAGGUUAUCCGGUUGUUGAACUGUAGUGAUCACUAUGCAGUGUUGGGCUUGGGCCGCUAUGAGCCUGUAGAUGUUACUUUACUGAAGAGAGAAUAUAGGAGAAAGGCAAUGUUGGUUCAUCCUGACAAGAAUAUGGGCAAUGAUAAGGCAGCAGAGGCCUUUAAAAAACUUCAAAACGCCUAUGAGGUAUUACUUGAUUCCUCAAAGCAAAAAGCAUAUGAUGAUGAGUUGCGGAGGGAAGAAUUGUUAAACUAUUUCCGAAGAUUUCAUAGUAACUCCCAAAAGAAUGGAGAGCAUGGUCCCUUCCCACCUGGAUUCACUCAUUCAGAAGCUGAUGGAGAUCCUUUUGGAGAUUCAAGAAGAAUAGCCUGCAAAAAGUGUGGCAACUUCCAUAUCUGGGUUCAUACCGUUAAGCAAAAGUCUCGUGCAAGAUGGUGUCAGGAAUGCAAAGAUUUUCAUCCGGCAAAAGAUGGAGAUGGAUGGGUUGAGCAGUCUACACAACCUUUCUUAUUUGGGUUACUCCAGAAGGUGGAACCCCCCUGUGCAUACGUUUGUGCAGAUAGCAAGAUAUACAACGCCACCGAAUGGUAUAGUUGUCAGGGAAUGAGAUGCCCAGUGAACACCCACAAACCUAGUUUCCAUGUGAACACUAGUCUUACUACAUCCAGACAUGCCAAUCCCAGCAAGGGUCCGACAAGCUCGACCCCUAAAGGCGCCCGGGCGCCUCCUCCUCCACAUCGACCAUCGCCGCCUAACAUGGAGGAAACAAUGACGGAGGAAGAGUUCUUCGAGUGGUUUCAGAAUGCUGUGCAGUCUGGGAUGUUCGAAAAUUUCGGCACUUCUGCUGCAGAGACCCCAUCCUCUUCCAAGGCAACUGGUGGGAGUGGGAGUACUAGUAAGAGGAAGAAAAGGGGGAAGAAGCAAUGGUGA